AUGGCCGCCCUGGACCCCCGCAUACCUUGCUUGGGCCGCUUCAUUAAGCACUGGGCAUCGCGGCGCAGGAUCAACAAUCGCUCGGAGGGCACUCUGAGCACCUAUACACUGAUCCUGCAGCUGUUCUAUGCGAUGCAAAAGCGGGAUCCUCCGGUGCUGCCGCUGGUGACCCACAUCCUCAAAGGAUUGGAAGGCAACCCGGGCGAGGUGCCGAAGGCGGUGAACCGGCUGCAGUUGCCCCCGGAGAUGGACGACAGAUCCGGGGAGCUGCGAUCUUUGCCCUUCCUCACAGACCCAAUGAUGAUCCGAGAGGAUGGGCGAUUCUGCGAGCAGAACACGGAGAGCCUGGGGGAGCUGCUGCGGGGCUUCUUCCAGCUCUGGGGCCACCAGGA